CAAUGACCUAAACGCGUGCCUCUCUUUUGUCUCUUAUAUGAUACCCAACAAACUAGACAAAUUCGUCUCUAAUACCGUCAACGUCGAACGUCCUACUCCCCCUGUACCUGCUCAUACCCGUUUUCUCAAACUUGCUGGAAAAUUCAAUUCCCGUGAUGCCCGUUCUCGCUCAAAAGAUACUCCACUGCAAUCCCCAAACAGAUCUACCAGCUCAUCUUUAAUAUCUAACCCUGAAUUUCCUCCCCCUGGUCCAGCUCAUUACGCAGCUCGUAGAGCUCUGUGGCUCACUCCCACAAAGGCUCACCACCGCUCUCCUCCCUCUUCAUCACGUCAGAGAUUAGAGCAGCUUCUUAGCAAGCCAGGUGCAGUGAAUAACGAACAAGCUUGGAAAGAUGGGAUUGAGAAAGUUUGGAAGGGUCUUGUAAAUGGCGGUCGUUUGAAACGGAGCCUUCCCCUGAAUCUCGUGAUUAAAGUCAUCCAUGCUGGUUGGCUCAGAGAUCCUGAUACUUGGCCUGCUGGCGCAGUAGCCCCAGAUUCUGAUCAGGAUCCUGCAGCAGACCAGCCUGGACCUUGUCCAGUUACCAUGCUACCAUCAAACCUUACCUCGCCUAAUACCUCCUCUCAAGGAGUGGGAACUGAGGUCGAUGAAAUCAACCCUUCUGGACUUGUAAUAGCUGCAACCUAAGGUGUAGGGGUGUUGUAUAUUUGAGUCUUCUCGGAACGAAUCGAUUCAUGUAUUACGUGCUCUCCGGUCAGAACUAUGU